GAAGGUACAUGAUCUCUUGUUCUUUACGGUCACAGAGAGAUUAAAAAGACAAUGUUUCGAAUGAAAACACACACUGUCACGUACGGUAUACCUAACUUUCUCACUGGAUGACCUAAUAUAUACAGGUAGCUCUCAGUUGCGAGGACAAAGAUAGACAGGGGCAGAGAGACAGACAAAGCGGGAGAAACACGGACGAUUGGAAGGAAUUGGCAAGUUGAUGUAGUGGGAAGUUGAUGCUGCUGCUAGCCAGGAUUGUGGAAGUUCACAAAGCAAGUAACCCAGCAAUUCCAGAGACUGUUAUUUAAUUUGGAGCCCUCGUUUCUUGGAAACAUUUGCAUCUCUUGGAAAGCUAUUGAACAAGAAAUCACAGUAGCUAUCAAUUCUAGAACUUCAAAAUGCUUCUAACUACAUUUGCCAAAAAUUUGCGUCUACCACAAAAAUCCAUUGCCGGAAGAUUCGUUAAGCACUUUCUCCUGAGGAUAAAUGGAAAAGUAGAAAUAGCUGCAGUUGAACAUUGUAACAUUAAACCUGACUAUUAUGUUCUUGAAGUUGGUUUUGGCCCUGGCUUGGGUCUAGAAGCAGCCUAUCAGAAGAUCAAAGGUGGCAAAGGGAAAUUACAUGGCCUUGACUUAUCGCCUUAUAUGUUUGAAUUAACAAGUAAACGACUGAGUGAAGGCAUCAGUAAUAAACAGGUGGAACUACAUCUUGGAAGUGUUAUGGAAAUGCCAUUUGAAACAAAUUCCUUUGAUCGGAUUUUUCACUGCAAUUCUUUUUAUUUUUGGCCUGAUUUUGACAAAUGUAUUCAAGAGCUGCAUCGUUGUUUAAAGCCAAACUCAUUAAUGAUAACGACAAUUCAGUAUGAAAAGGUAAAACUUUCAAAAAAAUUUGGUUUACUGAAAUAUGGCAAUAUUGAUGUGGAAUAUUAUAUGAAGGUUCUUAGCAAGAAUAAAUUUGAAAAUGUAAAUAUGGAGAGUCGCAAGUAUCAGAGCAAACCAUAUCAGGUUAUUUCAGCUUUCACAGGAUCAAAAAAACAGUAAUUUAAUAUCUAAUUGUUUUCAAUGCUUCUACAUUGGUUUACAUCUUGCUAUAAAUUACAGACAGUUUCUAUAUAAGUAUAUAUAAAAUCUACUUCACAGUCUAAGCGAUUAACCUGGGAAAAUUGUAUCAGGUCUACAUACGCCUACAGAUGCAAUGAUUAGACACAUCAUCAAUGUUGUAUCCUGGGAUCACUGGUUGUUUCAGGUCAUAUAGUAUACACUCUCUUACAGGCUUAGUUUGUUCAAACCUCGGCCUGUUUCCAAGAAGCUUAUUUACACACGCAAACGUGUAGGUCCAGCACUAAUUUUCAGGUAUCCUUGUUAUUGGAACCUUGGUGUAUUAACCAUUUUGCCAGACCGUCUAUCACCCAUUAUAAUUAUCUGUUAACAUACCUCUAACCUAUUAAUCAUGCUUUAAUUACUAAUUAUAUCACACAGUUUACCAUAUCGAGACAAGACCAUGGUCUAUUUUUUACAACAGUCCUACUUUAUUGUGGUGCAAUAUGGAUUGUUAUUUAUGUUAGACACUACCACUGACUUGCUCAGUUCUCUUACUUGUAGUAGCCAUCGCUAAUGGAAAUUUUGGAUCUUUUUUAAAACGGGGGCCACAUUUUUCAUUAAUGUUUUACGUAGUGUUUUUGGUACGGAAAGACUUUCAAACUUCGUAUACUUAUCUAUUUUGUGUUAUAGAACAGAAAAAGAUUUUUGGAUUCGAAUUUAUUUCAUGUAAAAAAUUGUCUUAUUUCGAUAAUUUCAACCAAUCACUGACAAGUAUUCAGUUGUUUACAUUUACUCCUUUGGCUGAUUAAGCCAUAGCUUCGUUUUAUUUGCUUUUUUCAUUUUCUUCGUUUUAUUUGCUUUUUUCUUUUUAAAUUUGCUGUUUUACCCUAACCCUAUCACCGAUAGAAUUGUUUCAGAAUCGUUUGUUUAUGUAGUCGGCACUUAAUGUAUAUCGGCUGAAUGGACGUCAGUGAUUGGUUGAAAUUACAGAAAUACAACAACUUUAACAUGGAAUAACUUAGGGAUUUCUUUAUUUUUUAAGAAGACUAAGAGAAAAAGAUGUUUUAUACGACACAUUCUACCAGUGUUCCAAGUUUCAAAGUGUUUCGUUAAUGAAAAAUGUGGCCCCCGUUUUAAAAAAGAUCCGAAAUCUUAAGCUAAAUGAACAGCAGAGCUGUUCACCACUAACGAGUACAGUGUAAUCCACUUGUAAAUAAUAUAUAUAGACAUACUCAAUGCCACUUGUAGUCAUAGAGUUAACUAGGCUGGAAAACACAAGAGUUAUAAGUUCAAUUUUGUGAUUUAUCUACAUUAUAGGAAGUGCUGGACCAUAUGCUACAGGAAAAUUGCUGGUGAACUUAUACAUAUAUAUAGUAACUCUGUGGUAAGAAGCUUGCUUCCUAACCACAUGGUUCUGGGUUCAGUCCCACUGCAUAGAACCUUGGAUGUGUGUCUUCUACUAUAGUCUCGGGCCAACCAAAGCUUUGCGAGUGGAUUUGGCACACAGAACCUGGAAGAAGCCUGUCGUAUAUAUAUGUGAGUGUGUGCAUGUAUAUGUCUUUGUAUGUGUGUUUGCCCACCACUGCCUGACAACAGGUGUUGGUUUGUUUACCUCCCUGUAACCUAGUGGUUCAGCACAAGAGACUGGUAAGAAUAUGUAAAAGGCUUAGCACUAAAUUAAAUACUAUUGUUGAUUCAUUUGAUAAAAAUUCUUCAACGCAAUGCUCCAAAAUCACCAGUCUAAUGAGCAAAACAAGUAAAGGGUAAAAGAUACACACACACACACACACACACGUAUAUUUGGUUUAACAUGAUCUACGCAUACAGUACAUGGACACAGCAUCAAUGUUGUAACCUAGAUUGAUCAAACCUAGACCUGUCUUAGUGAUAUUCUACUAACCCUACCUAUCAUCUUCAUUGGCAAACCCCUUAUUCUCUGCUCAGCCCUGUGGCAGUCAGCUACCAACUCUUCUCUUGCACCUCCUCCAUCCCCCUCUCCCUAGACACACUCAACUUCAACAUGAUUAGCUACCUUGUUAUUUUCAAAACAAUGAUAUCUGUUUUCAACAAACUCCGUUGGACAUAUGAUGGUAAUUGUAGCUGCUUCUCCAGGUUAACUUUCAUUUCCUAGUCCUGUGCUAUACAAAGUAAACCAUGUGAACUGUUCUUGAGUCUUCUCCUUAAUCACCAUCUCUCCUUAGCAAAGUGACUAAUCCAUUAAAACUAAAUAUAUAUAUAUAUAUAUAUACAUAAAGAGAGAGCAUUACCUGUCAUGUGACAGAUAUCUUUGAAAAUAUACUUAUGCACAAUGGAUAAUAUCAGGAAAUAUGGCACACAGGCAAUUUUUACAAUUUGACAUUUAUCAAAUAAAUUUUUUGGUGAAAUACUAAUUUUCAAAAGAAAGAUAUUUACUUAAAAUAAAACUAGAUAAAAACUGAUUUGUCAUGUGCAUAUUUGCAAUAAAGGUUAUAUGAGUUUUCUAUAUUUUAUCAACAGAAUUUCAUAAAAUUCUAUUUUUCAGAAAGUUACAAGACACUCACCUUCCACAUCUUAUGUGAACUUUCCAUCUUUCCCAAUACAAUUUUCACUUAAAAUUUUUUUUAAAUAUAACAAACUUCUCAUUUGUAUAACCUCACUGUCAUUUACUCCCUCUCCUCUCCCCACCUCUUCUGUAACUCUCUCUGUUUUUUUACUUUAAUCUCUAUAUGAUGUAAAGCAUGAUUUGAAGAUGAGAAAAGUGGCCAAAACACAGCAGCUUUCUUGUCAGAGAGGCUGCAUGGCUAUUCACAUUUAUAAAAGAGGAUGGGAGUGAUCGGAUUGAGUUGGAGAAAGAUAAAAGUGUUGAUGAGGUGUCAGAGUUGAUCUUCAAGGUACAAUGUGAGUAAAAUGAGUGGGUGCCAUUUCUUAUUGGAGCAAUGAAUAAUUAUAUAAUGUCCUUACAGUGGUUCAGUAAAACCUUAAAAUUUUGCCAAAUCAGAUAAGUUUAUGUAGCAAAUCUGGCAAACUAGCUUGUCAAAUUGCAGGCAAGUAGGCAGCAAGAAAUUAAUCAAAUGACAGGAUAUUAUUAAUCACUGGAGAAAUGUUUAUGGCUGACACAAAUAUAAGCCAAGGAAUUUUCAGAAGUGAACAUUUGUUAUUUUUGUUUUUUGAGUAAUUCAUAUACAAAGAUGUUGAAGCUUAUUGCUUUUGAAAUGUUUUUUUCAUGAUGUAAUAAAUUAAUAAAUUUUUCAGAACCCAAA